CCUAAAGUCCACUGGAACUGCAUUUCCCAUGAGGCUGCGUGGCUUCUCAGCUCGUGAGUGAGUGAACGCUGAGGGUCGAGGUGAACCGUUAGUGUGUUUUUAUUUAUUUAUUUUAUUUUUAUUUUUUAACCCGAUGUUUCACCCAGCUCCAGGCCCUGUUAACGAGGAAACCGAUGGUCCUCGCCCCCCUGCCUCGUCACUCUCUCAGUCAGAUAUGAGCGCCAGCGGGCGGCCCAGGACGAGCUCGUUCGCUGAGUCUCAGGUAGCUUCAGGAGCCGCUGCAGCAUCCGUCGGAUCGGCCGCUGCUGUGGUGAGCAACGUAGGAAAGUCCGGGGUCUCACAGGCCUCGGUGGACAGCCCCUCUGCCCUCGCCAGUUUAAAACUAGCCAGAGAGAGUGGGAAGGUGACCACAGUGGUUGCCACCCCAGGCCAGGGCCCGGAUCGCCCACAGGAAGUGUCCUACACUGAUAUCAAGAUAAUAGGAAAUGGAUCCUUUGGCGUUGUGUAUCAGGCACGCCUCGUUGACAGCCAGGAGUGGGUGGCCAUAAAGAAGGUACUUCAGGAUAAGCGGUUUAAGAACCGAGAACUUCAGAUCAUGAGAAAACUGGACCACUGCAACAUAGUGAGACUCCGCUAUUUCUUCUACUGCAGUGGAGACAAGAAAGAUGAGGUGUACCUCAAUCUGGUGUUGGACUUUGUGCCUGAGACAGUCUACAGGGUGGCACGACACUUCAGCAAAGCCAAGAAUAUUAUUCCUGUCAUUUAUGUGAAGGUGUAUAUGUAUCAGCUUUUCCGCAGUUUGGCCUACGUUCACUCCCAGGGUGUUUGUCACAGAGACAUCAAACCACAGAACCUUCUAGUGGACCCUGAAACAGCUGUACUCAAGCUGUGUGACUUUGGCAGUGCAAAGCAGCUGGUGAGGGGCGAGCCCAAUGUCUCAUAUAUCUGUUCACGUUACUAUCGUGCCCCUGAGCUUAUCUUUGGUGCGACAGACUAUUCCUCCAACAUUGAUGUCUGGUCAGCUGGAUGCGUGAUGGCUGAACUGCUGCUGGGACAACCCAUCUUCCCUGGAGACAGUGGAGUGGACCAACUAGUGGAGAUCAUCAAGGUUCUUGGAACCCCCACAAGGGAACAGAUCCGUGAAAUGAACCCAAACUAUACAGAGUUUAAAUUCCCUCAGAUCAAAGCACAUCCAUGGACCAAGGUGUUUAAACCAAGGACUCCUCCUGAGGCAGUAGCCCUGUGCUCUAGGUUGUUGGGGUACACACCAGUGACACGACUGUCCCCACUUCAGGCCUGCGCUCACGCCUUCUUUGACGAACUGCGCCAACCUGGUACACGGCUGCCCACCGGUCGAGAGCUGCCCCCGCUUUUCAACUUCACUACAGCAGAGCUAAUGAUUCAGCCCCAGCUAAAUUCCACUCUCAUUCCACCUCAUGCCCAUGCACAGACCACAGCGUCCUCCAACGAUGGCUCUGAUGGUUCUGUACAGCCCGGAUCUACUCUGACCAACAGCACCUGAGGCCGUGAAUCCUAAAAAAAAAAUAAGCUUGCACACAAAAGCUUCUGAGCCACCAUAGCAAAUUCUCUCUCUGACAAACACAUACAUAGUCUUACACUGUCUUUACCUCAUACAUGGCUUUCUCCUCUCUACAGCUCUAAAUUCAAACAUUUAUUCAGGUGCCAUAUGUUUCUAAAUUGCCAGUAACUGACAGCUCUGUACAGCUGGUGUUGGUUGCAGUCAGAUUGUUUGAUAACAUCUGAUCUAACUUGCAGUAUACAGAGAAACGACUGUACACACAACAUACACACUGCCAUGUACAUGCAACAAACAACAACAAACCGAGUUUCACUUGUACUGGUAAUAUUUGUUUCAAAUAAUAGAGGUAGGAAAUCUAGACAGUGCUUCAAAUGGAUGUGAGUAUCCAUAUUAAAGCUCACGGGCAUCCAUAAUGCAAUACUCAUAAGUGUUAUGGAGGCAAAAUAUAGUUGGUUUAAUGGCUAGAGGGGUAGGCCUCUGUCUAAUAAUGUCCUAAUUUUGUUUUUUUCAAUCAACAUUUACAAUGAACUCUAGUGCAGUAGUAUGAUUUACCCUUGAUCUCCUUUGAAAUAUCAACCUCUCAGAUGUAAAAAUAAGUUUCGCAGGGAACAAGCAGUCAGGUUAAAGAUGUAUCCGGUUGUAAAUGUCAAGGAAAGGGGGAGGGCAAUCUAAAUGUGAUGAUUUUAUACAAUUAUUGAAUCGUAUUGUUUAAAAAUGAGAAUUAUUUCUUGCUUUUACCUUCCAGUAAAUGUAUUUAUUAUUUUAAAAUGGUGAAUUGGAUGGACUUGAAAGCUUCUACAGAUGUCAUUUGUUCGCAAAUUGACGUUGGUUAACUUCUUGGAUGAGGUCGUGUUGGUGUUAUUGUUUUCCCGGUGCAAUAAAUGCACAGUGGUGAAGAACUAGUUGAGAAAGGGUUUAAACUUCCAAUUGACCAUAAAGAAGGGAAUGAAUGAGUGCAAGAUGUAUCCAAGACUUCAGACAUUAGAGUUUUAGUGUUGUUGUACUGUCAUCGAGCAAUAUCUGCUCAUAAGUGCAAUGUAUGAGUGAGGGAAAGAAAAUCUUAAGUGACUUUAUCUGCCUGGAUGUUUAAUCAUUAACUGUAAAUUAUGUUCCAUGACUAGGCUUAAUCUAUGCUUGUGAGAUUACAAAAUCUUCAUCCAUUCAAAGUAAUUUUUAGUCAACAUCAGGUCUAGGUCCAAUGACUGAACCCUUUCUUUCUGCAUUAGCAUUUCACUCAAGAUAAUUUAAAGGAAUAUUCCGGGUUUAAUGCAAGUUAAGCUCAAUCGACAGAAUUUGUGGCAUAUUGUUGAUUACCACAAAAAUUCAUUUUCACUCGUCCCUCCUUUUCUUUAAAAAACAAAACAAAAAGUUACAGCGAGGCACUUGCAAUGGAAGUGAAUGGGGCCAAUUCGUGAACGUUAUAAUACUCACCGUUUCCAAAGUAUAGCCAGAAGAUGUAAACAGUAACAUGUUAAACAUGGUUUUAGUGUGAUAAAAUUGCUUACUAACCUUUUCUGUGUUGUUAUUUCCAGUUUUACAACUUUGUUGCCAUGAUGACGUAACCGUGUAAUCCAGGUAAUUUAGUAGUCCGUUGCAAACAUGACGAUUUAAACCGCUUUACAGCUCAAAUAAUACACAAGUUUUAACAGAAGAAAUAAUAUAAGUACUUUUAUAAAAUAAUAAGCUUCACCAUCCUGCUUUAUUAAACCAUAACCAAAAAUUGGCCUCAUUCACUUCCAUUGUAAGUGGCUCACUUGUUUUUUGCCUAUUUAUUAUGAAAAUGAAACAAAAAAAUAAUUCAAAAAGUCAAAAUAAUUUUUGAGGUUAUCAGCAUUAUGCCACAAAUACUGUUGAUUGAGCUUAACUGGCAUUGAACAUGGAAUAAUUAUUUAAGGGAAAUUAAAUUUCUCCUAAAUUUAAAGGUAUAUUCCUUUGAAGUACAGUGGUUGAACAGCCGUUAAACUCAUAAUGUCAGGCGAUUUAAUAAGUCAGGUUUCAGUCAACAGUAUUGAUAAACUGUCCAAAAGAUUUUUUUUUUUUUUGUUUUUUUUUUUUAAACAAA